AUGGCGCCAAACCCAGCGCAUUCCUCCCGAGCCGCUAACCCACGCUUGCCGUCUUUGCCCGAUGCAGGUUUGGUCCAGCGGUGCGUGAUCGUGCAGCGGGACCAGCUGGGAUUCGGGUUCACGGUGUGCGGAGAGAGGAUCAAGCUGGUGCAGAAUGUCAGACCAGGAGGUGCGGCGGUGAAGGCAGGGGUCCAGGAAGGGGACCGAAUCAUCAAGGUCAAUGGAUCCCUGGUGUCCUCGAUGUCUCAUCAGGAAGUAGUGAAGCUGAUCAAAUCUGGCACCUAUGUGGCGCUCACGUUGCAAGGCCCCACCCCCUCCAACGCCUCACUUCCUCUCCAGCCCCUGCCGACGGACACUUCGCCCAAUCACAGGGCAGCGCCAGGGGGCGUGGCACCUCCGCCCCCCCUCCCCCCAGCUCCAGCUUCGGUGAGCCUUACCUCAUCUCAGCGCAUCACCGGGCCCAGACCCCUGCAGGUAACGUAUCACAGCUCCAGCAGUGAUCCAGUGGAGAGCCGGCUGUCUAUGGAUUCGCAAGAUGGCGACUUUGAGGGAUUUGAGAGUCCCAGGUCAUCCCCGUCUCUCUCAGCUCGGGCGUCCCAGCACCGGCGACAGGGAUCCGAAACGAUUUUCAUGUCGGAUCAGGGUUCGAGACCCCAGAUCAUCGGCCCAGAGGAAGAGGAAGACGACGAAGAUUCUCAAACACAGAACGAGGUAUGGAGCUGGACCGUCUUAAAAAUCAAGGAAGCGAGCCGCUAUCCGAAGAGUUGCAUUGUCUUAUUUUUAACUUUCUCCCUGGCUGACUGCUGUUUCGUUUUCCCUCCUCUCCCCAAACCUCGGCAGCUGUUCUACCUGUCGGUGGAGGCCUACCUAAGUGCCAGUCCGAAAGACGCCCGACACAUGGCGUCUCAGAUCUACGCCAACUUCCUCGAUAAAGAGGCGCCCCUGAAAAUCCGGGUAUCCGAUGACUUCAUGGCAGAUAUAGACGGUCGCCUGCACGCUCAGGAGGACAUCCGCGGGCCGCUGUCGGACAUGCAGCUGCAGGUCCUUCCCGAAAUCCAGGAGCAGAUCCAGGACUACAGGAAUAAGCAGAUGAUCGGUCUGGGCUCCCUGUUCGGAGAGGGCGACCUGCAGCUGCUGGACGGAGAUCCCGCCAAGGAGAAGCAGAUCGUGGACCGCCAGGUCACGGCGCUCUGGGAGAUACUGUCCAAGCAUGAGGAGGAUAGAAGCGCUCCCAUUGCCUCGGCCAUCUUGCUGUACCUGCGACACGCUGGGAUCAAGCUGAGGGACUCGCGAGUCUUCAGCAUGCUGGACAAGUCCCAGGAGAAAGACAAAUGGCUGCCCUUCUUUCCCAAAACCAAGAAGCCCAACACGACCAAGAAGGAGCGGGAGAAGGAGAAGGACGCGGAGGAGAAGAAGCGGAACCCCAUCCUGAAGUACAUCGCCAAGCCCCGGAGCACCUCCCAGUCCACCUUUCAUGUUCCCUUGUCACCGACGGAAGGGACGGCCAGCGACUGGGGGGGGUGUCUCAUAUUGGACUCUUCGAUGUUGACUUUCUCGUUCUGUCUCCGCUCUCUGUACGUCAGCCCGGGCGGCGGCGGGGUGAAGCUGGCCCGCUCGGAGUCGCUGAAGGCACAGGGCGAGGUGCGCAAGCCCCGGGUGGAAGUCGUGCCGCGCUCCCGGAGCGACGUGGACAUGGACGACGCGGCCGAGGAGAGGGAGAGGGAGGGGGCCCGGCUGCACCAGUCCGCCUCCUCCUCUGCCUCCAGCCUCUCUGCCAGAUCUCUGGAAAACCCCACUCCGCCGUACACUCCCAGGUCACGACGGAAAACCCCCCUGCCGGGGUCGGAUUCGGAGCUGUUCACGACAGAAUCCUCGCACCUGCGGACGCUGCGGGUUCUCGAUCAGGUGUUCCUGCAGAAGAUGAAGGGCGUUUUAAACCAGGAGGAGCUCGGCUGCAUCUUCCCCAACCUGCCAGAAGUCUUGGAAGCACACUCAUCUCUCUGUGAAUCGAUGAAGAAACUCAGGGAGUCUCUGAUCGUGAAUACCAUCGGUGACAUCAUGCUGGCCCGGUUCGAGGGCCCGGCGGGGCAGGAGUUCCAGGAGAAGGUGUCGCAGUUCUGCAGCCGGCAGGCACAGGCCCUGGAGCUGAUCAAGAGCAAGCAGCAGAAGGACCCUCGCUUCCAGCAGCUCAUCCAGGAGUGCGAGGCCAACCCACAGUGUCGGAGGCUGCAGCUGAAGGACCUGCUGGUGUCCGAGAUGCAGCGACUGACCAAAUACCCUCUGCUGCUGGGCAACAUCAUCAAGUACACGGACACCUCCAGCAGCGACCUCCCCUCCUUGCAGCGUGCCCAGGACUGCUGCCGGGGCAUCCUGAAGAACGUCAACGAGGCGGUGAAGGAGACGGAGAACCGGCACCGGCUCUGCCAAUACCAGCGCAGGCUGGACCUCACGGUCCUGGAGCGGAUGACCAAUCCCAUUGCGGCUCAGUUCCGGAACCUGGAUUUGACGACGAAAAGGAUGAUCCACGAGGGUCCGCUGACAUGGAGAGUCAGUAAAGAUAAGGCCUUAGAGAUUCAAGCCCUGCUGCUGGAGGACAUCCUGGUCCUGCUGCAGCGCGUCGACGACCGGCUGAUCCUCCGCUGCCCUUCCAGGAACUUGGGGGGAGGGAACAACGAUGUCAAGAUGUCCUUCAGCCCCAUCGUCAGUCUGGACUCUUUGCUGGUCAGAUCCGUGGCCACCGACAACAAGGCCCUGUAUGUCAUCAGUACAUCCGAGAGGCAGAUCUACGAGCUGGUGGCAGGGACGUCGUCCGAAAAGAACACCUGGAAGGAUUUGCUGGAGAAGGCCAUCGCGCUGGCUUCCCGCUCUCCGGGGCCUGCCGAGCAGAGGGAAGCCCCCGUCACGUCAUCCAGUCUGGAUCUGGACACUGCAGUCUCACCUGGAAGUGGAGUUUACCAAUCAGAAGACUCUCUGACCGAAAGUUCGGCUUCCAUGGAGACGGAGCCCCCGGAGGAUGAGGACGACGAUGUUCUGACGCCCACCCCCCCGGCCGACCCCUCGGUCAACGGCGGCGAUGACAUCAGUGGGCCGGUCGCAGAAAUUCUCCCUCCCCCGGCGUUUGAGAGGGGGAUAGCCGAUGCGGCUUUGGAUGACGUGGAGAAUCUCCGGCAGCUGAUUUUUAGAAACAUUGACGAUGGGUGGAGCCAAGACUCAGACGACACGCCCACCAACGAGACAGCCAAUGAGACACCGCGCGGAAUCAGCCCCUUUCAGGAGCUCGCAGAAAGAGGGCGGGGAGAAACUGGAAGCCACGCCCCGCCUGUUUCAAACAAUCAAUCAGAGCUCCAAGAAACUGAAAUUCCAUCUCCACAGUCCCAGUUACCCAUUAAAGUGGUCCGGAAAGCUGAGGGGGCGGGCACUUCUUCUCUCCCUGAUGACAUCACUGAUGAUGUCGCCACUGACUCCAGCCAAUCGGCCAAGUGCUCGCAGGCCAAGGAACAGAGAGGCCGAGCCAGUGUAGAUGGCAAUAUGUUCUAUCUGGUGAUGCCAGAAAGCCUAAAGGAAAGCAGCACAGACGAUCCCCACACGGACACGGAAAGCUCACGGGCGCGAAAUGGGGAGUCGGACACUCGGGCGAAACAGGAUGUGACGUCAUCGCAGCGGGGCCCUAGCGCCAGUGCUGCUCCCGCCGCCCCCGCGCUGGGGACGGACCGCAGCCAGCUCCGCCUGUUCGGCCAGGCCCAGCCGCCCCGGGCGCAGAGACACGUCAUCAGAAACGUGGACGAGAUAUUCCAGGCUAUCGAGGAGCUGACCGCCAAACUGCACAAGUUAAGGGAAAUUGAAGUGGCUCACAACCAGCUUCUGAAAGGGCUGUCGCUACAGUCUGCCAAUCAAGAACGUGACCACACCCAGGGAGAGUCCACUGUUGUCCGGACACGCCCCUUUGACCGGGGCGCAGGGGACGGUAAAGAAGGCGCCCCGGCCGAGCUGAGUCAACCUGAAAUUCAGUCCACCGGGUUCUGACCUUUCCGGUACGUUCCCCCUCUCCCCGUCCCGUGGGCGCACGUAGAGGAGCGGACUCUGGGAAUGGUCGGGAAGGCGGAAAGAUCAUUCCUUUUGCUCCGGACUCCGAGCUCCCCUCUCCUUUUCGUUUCCCUGCAUGUACUUUGCUUGAAAGCAAACCCUGGAGGAGGGAGGGGGACAAGCAGCCGAAAACAUGAAGGAAAACUGAAAGUCAGUUCUAUUGACUUGAGCCAAGUUUUGGAGGGGGACUGAAGAGGAGGCGAAGAAGAAGAGGGCCGUGGCGCAGU